CGGCAGCGGGGUAUAGCGCCGGGUUCGCCGCCAUGCCCAAGUACUACGAGGAUAAGGAAGAGGACGGGCGCGCCUGCAGCGGCGUGAGGGAGGACUUGCGGCAGUGCCUGAUGGAGAGCCCCUGCGUCCUGCAGGAAAACAAAAGCCCUAAACAAUGCUUGAGGGAAGGACACUGUAGGAGUUUGCAAGUGACAUUCUUUGCAUGCAAAAGAUCAAUGUUGGAUACCAGGGCAAGAUUCAGAGGAAGGAAGGGAUACUGAAAUCCUCAUCAAGAGACCUAGCCAUGGGAAUUUGGGGUUCAUCAGAACUCUACACAAAACAGAGACUAAAGUAAGAAGAUGCUGCAUCCUUUCGUGCAGUGUUUUCCUAGAAGGUAUCUACUCCUGAGUAUUCUGACAGAUUGACCUGAAUGUGCAUUUAUAUGUUGAAAAAGAAGGCAAGUCUAAAGCUGCAAAUUCUGGCCAAAAUGGGUACCUGUCAUGUACUUGCAAUAAAAAUGUGAAAUCCAGAACAAACUGCAGAAGUU